AUGGUCAAAUAUUUUAAUGGAAAAAUUAAUAUAAAUACUUCUGCAUCAACCAACAUUUAUAUUGAUCUUCAAAUUUCUGAGUUUGAUGAAUUGAAAUAUGUAUGGAGUGAGAAGUUAGAUAAUGUUACCAUUGGAAAACUUGAAAUUCAGAAUAUCAAGAUUGGACCCAAAGAAAUCAACUCUAAAAAAACAGUAGGAUUUGAGCAGGAUUUCAGACUCAGAUUUUUGGUGAAGAACAGCAGGAUUCAGGCUGAAUUUCAGACUCAGAUUUUGGGUGAAGAGCAGCAGGAUUCAGGCAGAAAUUCAGAAUCAAAAUUUGGACAAAAUUUAAGAAACCUGGCAAACGUUGGAGGAUUGAGUUUAAGGGCAAGAUCCUCAUCAAAGCCAGAGUUAACCGUAGACGGUGAGGACCUCCACCGCGCCACCCGCCCAUGGUUCCUCCUCCGCCGCUGGUUCUUUUCUUCUGUGGCUUUCUUUUUCCCCAAAUCUGUCUCUUCCGCUCUCCGCCGCCUCGUCGCCGUUCUUAUUGUCCUCGGCUUUCUCUCUCUCCUUUAUGCUCUCCCAAUUGAUCAGUAUCUGAAGGAUUUCUUGCUAUGGGUCAAGGAGGAUCUUGGUCCUUGGGGCCCUGUUGUAUUGGCUAUUGCAUACAUCCCUCUCACAGUUCUAGCAGUUCCUGCCUCAGUACUUACGCUUGGAGGAGGUUAUCUCUUUGGGUUGCCUUUAGGAUUUGUUGCUGAUUCAACUGGAGCCACACUUGGUGCUACAGCGGCUUUUCUUCUUGGAAGAACAAUCGGAAAAUCCUAUGUCAUGUCAAAGCUUAAGAACUACCCCAAGUUCCAAGCAGUUGCCAUUGCCAUUCAAAAGUCUGGCUUUAAGAUUGUUUUGCUACUUCGACUGGUUCCCCUCCUUCCAUUCAACAUGUUGAAUUACCUCCUGUCUGUAACUCCUAUUAACUUGGGCGCUUACAUCCUGGCAACGUGGUUGGGAAUGAUGCCGAUCACAUUUGCAUUUGUAUAUGUGGGUACAACAUUGAAAAACCUUUCUGAUGUCACCCAUGGAUGGAGUGAGGUGUCAACUGCUCGAUUGGGUUUUAUUGGAUUGGGUCUAAUUGUAUCUGUGAUCCUAAUAAUGUCUAUAACCCGAAUUGCUAAAGCUUCUCUGGAUAAAGCAUUAGCUGAAAAUGCUGAUUUUGAAUGCAUUUUGGCUUCAGACGAAGCAUCAAAGCUUCCUACAGUAAAAGAGUCACCUUCAGAUUUUUGGCAGCCACUCGUUAUAAAAGUUGACCCUUCUUGAGAAUAUUUUGAGCAUCAAGUGCCGUGUAUAUACUCAUUUUAGUCCGACAAUAGUUGGUUUUUAUUGACUUGUAAACUAUUCAAAAGGUUACGCAUAAUAGAAGGGAGAGAGCUAGAGGGAUUAAGCAAAAUAGGAAAAAAUUUUGUAUCGUUGUUUCCUUUUUUUUCUAUAUAAUCUAGUUUUGUUGUAUAGCCUUACAAUUUCAUGCACUAUUUUGAAUUUUUCAUAGUAUAUUUUCAUGAAUCAAGUUGAGCGUAGUUGAGAAUUGCGGUCUGUAAGAAUGUAACAAAGCCUUGCUAGCUUGGGUCUUCUUAUGACACAAUGUUGAUACUUCCAAGAUUAGGUGCACUUAAUGUUCAAACGUAAUUUCUCUGUUGGCUUA